CAUCGUUUACCAAGUUAAUCUGUAAAGUUUCAACCAAAAAUCAGCCAAGAGCAGCUAUGGGGCUGAGAAAUACGAGCAUGUUAAUUGGGAUCCUUCUUGCCACUACAAGUAUAGUCAUGGUUUCUAGUCAAUGGGAUGAAGUCCCUGACUUUGACAUGUGGUUCACAUGCGAAUCGUGGGAAUUCAACUGCUGGGAUGGGACCGGCGGAACUGGCUGCAUCAGAAAGGCCUUUGAAUGUGACGGAGGUCGGGAUUGUGACAAUGGAUCCGACGAAGAAAACUGUCCGACAAGAUCUUGUGCCUCAUUUGAGUAUCGGUGUUGGGAUGGCCAGUGCUUACCCAUGUUAGCUGACGCAAGAAGCUUAGAGUGCGACGGUGUUAAUGAUUGCCGGGACGGGUCGGAUGAAAAUAACUGCGACUCCCCUGUACAGCCGGGUUGUCCCGGAUUUGAUUUUGAGUGCUCGAAUGGCCAGUGCGUACCCAUGAAAGCUGACGCAAGAAGCUUAGAGUGCGACGGUGUUAAUGAUUGCUGGGACGGGUCGGAUGAAAAUAACUGCGAUUCCCCUGUACAGCCGGGUUGUCCCGGAUUUGAUUUUGAGUGCUCGAAUGGCCAGUGCGUACCCAUGAAAGCUGACGCAAGAAGCUUAGAGUGCGACGGUGUUAAUGAUUGCUGGGACGGGUCGGAUGAAAAUAACUGCGAUUCCCCUGUACAGCUGGGUUGUCCCGGAUUUGAUUUUGAGUGCUCGAAUGGCCAGUGCGUACUCAUGAAAGCUGACGGAGGAAGCUUAGAGUGCGACGGUGUUAAUGAUUGCUGGGACGGGUCGGAUGAAAAUAACUGCGAUUCCCCUGUACAGCCGGGUUGUCCCGGAUUUGAUUUUGAGUGCUCGAAUGGCCAGUGCGUACCCAUGAAAGCUGACGCAAGAAGCUUAGAGUGCGACGGUGUUAAUGAUUGCUGGGACGGGUCGGAUGAAAAUAACUGCGAUUCCCCUGUACAGCUGGGUUGUCCCGGAUUUGAUUUUGAGUGCUCGAAUGGCCAGUGCGUACCCAUGAAAGCUGACGCAAGAAGCUUAGAGUGCGACGGUGUUAAUGAUUGCUGGGACGGGUCGGAUGAAAAUAACUGCGAUUCCCCUGUACAGCCGGGUUGUCCCGGAUUUGAUUUUGAGUGCUCGAAUGGCCAGUGCGUACCCAUGAAAGCUGACGCAAGAAGCUUAGAGUGCGACGGUGUUAAUGAUUGCUGGGACGGGUCGGAUGAAAAUAACUGCGAUUCCCCUGUACAGCUGGGUUGUCCCGGAUUUGAUUUUGAGUGCUCGAAUGGCCAGUGCGUACCCAUGAAAGCUGACGCAAGAAGCUUAGAGUGCGACGGUGUUAAUGAUUGCUGGGACGGGUCGGAUGAAAAUAACUGCGAUUCACCUGUACAGCCGCGUUGUCCCGGAUUUGAUUUUGAGUGCUCGAAUGGCCAGUGCGUACCCAUGAAAGCUGACGCAAGAAGCUUAGAGUGCGACGGUGUUAAUGAUUGCUGGGACGGGUCGGAUGAAAAUAACUGCGAUUCCCCUGUACAGCCGGGUUGUCCCGGAUUUGAUUUUGAGUGCUCGGAUGGCCAGUGCGUACCCAUGAAAGCUGACGCAAGAAGCUUAGAGUGCGACGGAGUUAAUGAUUGCUGGGACGGGUCGGAUGAAAAUAACUGCGAUUCCCCUGUACAGCCGGGUUGUCCCGGAUUUGAUUUUGAGUGCUCGAAUGGCCAGUGCGUACCCAUGUUAGCUGACGCAAGAAGCUUAGAGUGCGACGGUGUUAAUGAUUGCUGGGAUGGGUCGGAUGAAAUUAACUGCGAUUCUCCUGUACAGCCGCCUUUCUGUCCUGGAACUCAUUUUGAGUGCUCGAAUGGUGAGUGCAUUGAAUGGGCGCACACCGCUAAAUGCAACGGUAUUAAUGAAUGCAGUGAUUGGUCUGAUGAAAGGGGUUGUCCACCAUCGCGUUGCUCUGGACAGUUUCAAUGCAGCAAUGGAGAUUGCGUGGAGUGGCAUUUGACGUGCAAUAGGGACAACAACUGCGGUGAUUGGUCAGAUGAAACAGAAGCUGAUUGCGACAUGGAAACUUGUAACGGUUUCCAAUGUGACAACGGGGCAUGCGUUGAAAAUCUGAUGUAUCUGUGCGAUGAUUAUGAUGAUUGCGGUGACAACUCAGACGAGAGGAAUUGUCCCGCAAUUCAACCGCCAGCCGGAGAUUGUCCAACCUGCCCGUCCUCGUCCACAGGCCUCUGUAUUCCGAAGAGCCAAUUCUGUGACGGAAGACCAGAUUGUGGGGAUGCGAUGGAUGAAGACGCAGAUGCUUGCAGUUGUUUCGCUAAUCCAGGUAUGUACAUCGACAGUUUCACGUGUGCUUCGGGAGUUGCAGGACGCAAUAGCUGGAGUAGCAGGGGAUCGAACUGCAUUCCCAUCAAGUGGCUUUGUGACAGCUCACCCGACUGCAAUAACGGAGAAGACGAAAACAGCGACUGGUGUGCUGUGUAUAACCAUUUGAGACCCCAAUGGUGAACUAUUCGACUCACUCCAUGCGCUUCAGUGAAAGAAAAAUGAAGAGAUCUGCCAAAAAAGACGUCGAUUUUUCAAACUUGAAAAAUGAUCAACUUGAGCAAACUUGAUUCAAACUUGAGCAAAUAUGGUACUGGUUGCCGACUCAGUUAUGAAGUUUAAUAGCCAUUAUCAUUGCUAUAUAUUACUAUUGAACUCCCUACUUCCAUAUUACCAUUAAAAUUCAAAACUUGAGCCUGUUGCAAA